AUGAAAUCUGUACGCGUGAAAGCACCAGGUUCCGCUCGGAAACCAAUAAAUCGUCCAAGGGGAAAUAAUAUGAUGUCGAAGGAUCCAGUUCAAGUUUAUUGUCGUUUAAGGCCAAUGCAACAUCCUACUGAUGUAUCAUGUAUGAAGCUUAUAUCUGAUACAACUGUGAUUAUUACAUCACCUGAGUCAGCAAUAAAUUUUCGUAAUUCUAGCAAUAAAGAAAUUCAAACAACAUUUAGUCAUGUGUUUACACCGGAUGCAACACAGAAAGAGAUUUUUAAUGUUGUUGCUCUUCCAUUAGUUGAAAAUGUUAUUCGUGGCAGAAACAGUCUUUUAUUUACUUAUGGAGUAACAGGAAGUGGUAAAACAUAUACUAUGACUGGUGAACCACAAGAUGCCGGCAUAAUGCCUCGUUGUCUUGAUGUUAUUUUUAACAGUAUUGCUAACUAUCAGACAAAAAAAUUUAUCUUUAGACCAGAUAAGUUAAAUAGUUUUGAUAUACAAAGUGAAGCUGAUGCAAUGCUUGAGAGGCAAAAUGAACUUCAUGCUGGUCUUUUGUCUCAGAGAAAUGGAAAAUCUGGUAAACCACGUAAAGCAGAAAGUGAUGGUGAUAGUAAUCCAAUGAUAAUUCGUGAUAUUAAUGAAUCACAAACAAUACAAAUAGAUCAAGAUAAUGUCUAUGCUGUGUUUGUUACUUAUGUUGAAAUAUAUAAUAAUAGUGUGUAUGAUUUAUUGGAGGAUGAGGAUAUUAGAAACAAAACAUUACAGAGUAAAAUAGUUAGAGAAGAUGGUAAUAAGAAUAUGUAUGUACAUGCUGUAACAGAAAUAGAAGUAAAAAGUUCGGAAGAAGCAUUUGAAGUAUUUCAACGUGGACAGCGAAGGCGAAGAGUUGCACAUACUGCACUUAAUGCAGAAUCAAGCAGGUCACAUAGUGUCUUCACUAUUCGUCUUGUACAAGCUCCUUUAGAUUGUGAAGGUGAACAAGUUAUACAAGAUAAACGAGUGAUAUGUAUCACUCAAUUGUCUCUAGUAGAUUUAGCUGGUAGUGAAAGAACUAAUAGGACAAAAAAUACAGGUCAAAGAUUGAGGGAAGCAGGGAAUAUUAACAAUUCUCUGAUGACGCUACGAUCUUGUUUGGAAAUUUUAAGAGAAAACCAACUACAAGGUACAAAUAAAAUGGUACCCUACAGGGAUUCAAAGCUUACCCAUUUAUUUAAAAAUUAUUUUGAUGGAGAAGGACAAGUUAGAAUGAUCGUUUGUGUUAAUCCAAGAACGGAUGAUUAUGAUGAAACAAUUCAAGUGAUGAAAUUUGCGGAAAUGACUCAGGAAGUUCAAGUAGCUAGACCAACAAUUACAAAAAUAGAUCUUGGUUUUACACCUGGAAGAAGGCAAGCAAAUAAGUUAUUUAAAGAGGGGCGUAGUAAAUUUCAAAAAGAAGGACGUCCUGAAGCUUGUGAUUUUGAAGUUGAUGUGGGUUUAGUAUAUAGUCUGGGUGGUCCAUUUCCUGAAUUGGAGAUUAGUUCUCCGCGUAACGAUCAAAUAAUCACUAGUUUGAUGCAUUUUUUGGAGCAGCGCAUUAAUAAACGGAAUAUACUACGUACUGAUUUACAGCAAAAGCAAACCAAUCUUAGAAAAAUGUUAAUGACAGUGGAACAGGAACAUAUGAAUUUAAAAAUUGAAAAUGCCUCUUUAAAAGCAGCCAAUUCACAACAAAAAAAGAAGGUUUCUGCAUUAGAGGGUCAUUUAUGUAAAACUGAAGAACAAAUUGAUAGUUUGCUCCGAAAAUUGAAUCAUGCAAAUGAUACAAUACGCAAUUUACAACAAGAGUUAAAGGAUAGGAAUAUGGCACUAAAUCAACGUUUAAUAGAUAAACAAAGAGUGAAACAAAAAUACAAUACCAAAAUGCAAGUAGAAACUGAUAAAAUGAAUAAGGAAUUGGAGAUAAAGUUACGUCAACAACGUGAACAAUUGCAGAAUCAAAUGAAGGAGAAAGAUGACAAAUUAAGACUGGUAAAACAAAUUUUAGUUGAUGAUAAUGGUAUUAAUUCCAUACCUAAUGGUUCCAAAGAUCAUCCAACGCCUACUUCUAAUUACGCAGAAGUAACUGCAAAAGCAGUAGGUGGUCGAUCGCGAAGGGAUAAAGUAGCUGUUGCAAACCCAAGGUAUAGGCGUUCACAAAGCGCUGAUAGAUGGGUUGAUCAUAGACCAGGAGCAAUUGUUCCUGUAGGAACCGUUCUGCAACCUUUAAUGUAUAAAAGACGUAGCGUUACACGACUUACAGAUCCAAAAGAAAUUACAGGCGGUGUAUCGAGAUAUUGUCUUGUUGCACAAGAACACGAUACCGAUGGUGAACUUGAAACAAAGCUAUUUAAGGGAGAUAUAAUACCCACUAGUGGAGGGGGUGCACAAGUUGUAUUUAACGAUAUGGAAUGUUUAAAACAAUUAUCUCCAAAGGCAAGAAAACGUAGUGGCCCACCAGAUAUAGAAAAUGUAAAUGAAAUGGGUAGUCCCAAUCAUUCAUCUACGCUUGCGGAGACUCAUUCUAAACGACCACGAGUUAUAAAUUAA